GUUCAAAUUUUGUUACCCCUCUUUCUUUCAUGCACUGCAUACAAUAUUGUUAGAAGAGCGAUUGGAGAAGCCGCUCCUGCUUUGAUCGAGACUGGCUUCUUCGAGCGCUCUGACUAUGCUAUGAUCAACACCGUCUCUUUUAUAUUAUAUGGGUUGAGCAAGUUUUUCACCAGUCACCUUGUAAAGGGUAACUACUUCCUUUUGUAUUCCUGGAUAAGCACCGUUGUUUGCGUGCUCACAUUCUUAUGCGGAAUCACUUGUUCGGCUGUGUAUCCGAGUUUUCACCUGUUCUUCGUUUUGUGGUCCACAAACUACAUUUUCAUUGGCUCCUUGUGGCCUAUAAUCUGUAUCAUCAUCAAACAGUGGAUUCCCGAUCAUUUGCGUGGGCUAUACUGGUCCGUGAUCUGCUGUUGCAGUUCGGUUGGUACGAUUAUAUGUAAUACUCUAUCCCGAACUGUGAGUGGUGAUCCAAAGCAGAUAUACUUCCUUUCCAGCUUCCUCGUUCUUCUCUCCCUCUCCUCCCUCUAUUAUCUCUUUCCCAAGGACGAAAAGAGCAAUACUUCCGAUUCCAGCGACUCAUCGCAGGACUACUCUAGUUUUACCUCUAUUUCCUUUCCUGAUAUCCUCUCCAUCAUUCUCAUCCUGCUCUCUGUUCUCCUCUACUUUCAACCAGCGCCUUAUUUCCGACUGGGGUUUGCUCAUGUUCCCCAAGAUCGUUCGCAACGAAGCCAUUGCCGCCAAAAGCGCUUCCGCGAUUAGCUUCAUCGAGAUCGGCGGGAUUCUCGGCACUCUCUGGUGUGGCUGGUUUACCGACGCCUACAUGGUGAGUCGGUCGAUGAUCUGCAGCGUCAGCUCCAUCGCCGCGGGCUUGUGCGUCUCCGCGCUGAGCACCGCCGAGAAGGAGCGUUUGUUCGAAGGCGCGUGCUUCCUGCUGGGCUUCUUUUU